GGUGAGGUUUAAAUGCUGACUGGAGUGGGUCAUUGAGAACAAGCAGCUGGGAAAGUGAGACCCAGAACCCAUCAUCUUCCUAAGCUGCUUUCAGCCACACUGGCAUCCAUCCAUUCCAAUAUCCUCUACCACCACUACUGCCCCCACCCCCACACCACCACACACACACACACACACACACACACACACACACACACACACACACACACACACACACACACACACACGCACACUUGAGCCUCACUUUUCCACUUCUCCGUUUGCUCUAUCGUUCUUCUUGGUUGUGUCUUUGAUCUACACUUAUCUUGUCACUGGUCCUCUCCUCUCCAUUUCCACAAGUCAUGGAAAUUACACUGUAGACGUCUUUGAUACUCGGUGCCUCGGGGUCAGGCCCUCUUAUCUGGGUGAGACUGAGAGACGGAGACAGAAAGGGAGGAUGGGGAUGGAGCAGGGGGGAAAGAAGUAGAGAGGUGGAAAGAAAGGAAGGAAAGCUGGGGUAAGGUAGUAAAAGCAGAGACGGGGAUUUGUGGUGAAGAGAGAGAGAGAUGUCAGGAAGAGGCCUGCAGUGAGAUGGAGAAAUAAGUAAAGCUAAAGAAAAAUGGAGUCAAAAAAAACAGUAAAGCAGAGAGACACAAGUGCAGAGAAUUGAAAUAUGACAGAGUCGGAAAGGGCUAAACGCAGCUCGACGGCUUUCAGCCAAUGACUUUCUUUAAGGAUAAUAUUUCUGGGGAUUGAAGCUUCAGAUAAGCAGAUUUUGUGCUCACAUUCAAUCUGCUUUAUCGAGUGCCAAAGUGAGGGGAAGUUGCAAGUAGAAGAUGUCGCUUGCGCAGUCACGGGGACCAAAAGCUCUCCAGCGUAACCAAUUCUAAAUCCUGUAAAUAAUUUGAGUUGGGUCGGCCAGACUGCAAGUCAAGGUGGAGCAGGUUUCACUGCAUGUUUCAGACACAGACAGCCCCGAGGCUCUCGAGCUAAACCGCAUGCUCGUGCAGUUUGUAUUAAAGCCGAUAUUGACCCGACAACAGAAAACCAAUAUACACCAGAGUUGGAUAUUCGCUGAAGGAGGGAAGGACAGAUUCCUGUACGAGAAGUGAGGGGGAAAGAUAGAUGGAGGGAAGAUGGAGCGAUACAUGGGAAAAGUGAUGAGUAAAAUGGGACAUGAAGAGGGAGAGAGCGUGAGAUUGAGAGAGCGGGAGAGGAGUGAAAUGGGUGGAAGGCAGAGAUACAGCGAUAGGAGGACAGGCAGAGAUGGGGAGCGGUGAAUAUUUAACUCUGUUUAGUUUUCCAUCUGGGCCCUUGGCUCCUUCUCCCCUCAGGCCUUCUGAUCGCCUGCAGGUCAGUGGUGACAGGAGACGUUUCUCUGUGUGUGUGUGUGUGUGUGUGUUUUGUGUGUUUGGAGAUUUCACCAUCCCUCACUUUUCAACACAGUGCAUAUAAUAACCUUUAAUCACCUUGUGUGCGUGUGUAUUUGCACAGGAGGAAAUCAGGGUUAUUAAAUGUUCAUGUGCAGAAUUAUGGGUCUAAUCAUCGACGGUGUGUCUCUGUGUGGUUAUGGAUAAACUAAUAAAACACUUCAUUACCGAGCAACACUACAACGAAAUUGCUCAUAAUUCACUUUAACGCAAGGUCUCAUUAGUCAAACGAAUUCAUUUUAAUUUGCGCAGUAUUAAAAAAAACCUUUCAGCCUUCAGCAGCAGCCUUUGAAAACUUUCUGAACCCGUCUCUUUCAAACACAUCCAGGCCUGGCAGAAGUUUCCACACUUCUUUUUUUUUUUGAUGCCUUCAGAAAUGGUGAUUCUGGAAACCCAUGAAAGUGCAGAGAGACUCCUCACUGGCUUGUCUCUGCAAUCUGUCAUCCCAACAGGCUGCGACUGGUCCCACCCCAAGAUGACGUCUCCGAAAAACAAAGCCAAGAAGAGGCCGCCGAAAGACAGCAUGACGCUGCUGCCGUGCUUUUAUUUUGUAGAGCUCCCAAUUGUCCUGUCCUCCUUGGUGUCCUUGUACUUCCUGGAGCUGACAGAUGUGUUGUCCCCGGCAAUGGUGGGCUUCCGUUGCCAUGACCGCGACCUAUCCAUGCCCUACGUGGAAACGGGCGACGAGCUCAUCCCGCUGUUGAUGCUGCUGAGUUUGGCCUUCGCUGGUCCUGCGGCGUCCAUAAUGAUGGGGGAGGGACUGAUGUACUGUAUGCAAUCCAAGCUGAAAACCUGUCCCAAGUCAGAGAGCAGCAUCAACGCUGGAGGCUGCAGCUUCAACUCCUUCCUACGCAGGACUGUGCGCUUUGUCGGUGUUCAUGUGUUCGGUCUCCUGGCAACGGCCCUGGUGACAGAUGUCAUCCAGUUAGCUACCGGUUACCACGCCCCGUUCUUCCUCACCGUGUGCCAGCCCAAUUACACGGCCCCCGGAGUGUCAUGUGACAACAACGCCUACGUCACGCAGGACAUCUGCAUGGGGAAAGACCAGUAUGCCAUCAUGUCCGCCAGGAAAACCUUUCCAUCCCAGCAUGCAACACUGUCUGGCUUCGCUGCCGUCUACAUCUCCAUGUAUUUUAACGCCAGCAUCAACAGCACGACCAAACUGCUGAAGCCGCUCCUCGUGUUCGCCUUCUGCAUGGCGGCGGGCCUCUCCGGGCUGACGCAGAUCACCCAGCACCGCAGUCACCCCAUUGACGUCUACGUGGGAUACCUCAUAGGAGCCGGCAUCGGCGUCUACCUGGCUGUGUACGCAGUGGGAAACUUUAAAGCGUCGGACGAAGAUUCUCCGUCGCUGCAGAAACUGGCCCCGGCUCUGCAGAAGGACAGCCUGAGGGUGCUGAGCCAGCGGAGUCAUGACUCCCUGUACAGGAAGACUCCCCGGGUGUCGGAGAGCAGAGAGGAGCUGGGGGCGGGGCUGGGAUCUGGGGCUCGUAGUAAGGUGAGGAGGGAGAAGGCUUCCCUGGCCUCCCUCAAGCGAGCGAGCGCCGAUGUGGAGCUCCUGGCAACCCGGGGUCCCAUGGGCAAGGAAACCAUGGUAACCUUCAGCAACACAUUGCCCCGAGUUGCAAAUGGCAACAGCCCCAUCUCCCCCUCAGACGAGCCGGUUACCACGCAGCGCCACAUGACCUUCCACGUGCCCUUUGACCCCCAGAAGUCCCGGCAGCUGGUGUCGGAGUGGAAGCAGCGCUCGCUGGAGCUCCGCAGCCAGAGCUCACGCGACGAAGAGGAAGACGAUGAGCAAGAUGGAGGAGACGAGGGAGGCGCGACAGCAGGAGACGGAGGAGACAUGGGUAUGCCAUCCUCUCUUUAUCCCACGGUGCAAGCCAACAAGGGCAUCGCCACACCGACGGGAGUCAGGAUGGUGGUGGCCCCCCCACUGGUUCACAUCCCUGAGGAGGCCUCUCGGCCGCCGCCUGUGUCGCCCAAAAGCGCUAAGACCCGGGCCAAGUGGUUGUCACUCACAGAGGGAGGGUCGGUGAAGGAGCCGGGACCGGGGCCCAUCGCCGUGUCCACCCCCCGUGUGCCCAGCAUGCAGCCCAACCAGCCGCCGAGUCAGCACAGAAUCACUCAGGUGAUAGCGAUGUCGAAGCCGCAGAGUCAUGGACACAUCACCUCGUCCGCCAAGACUUCGGAGGGCGGCUCCUCCUCAGGCGGUGGCUCCAACUGCUCAGAGUCGCCUUACUACCGGAUCCCGUCGGAUCGAGACAGCUGCACCGGAAGCAACCCGGGAAGCAUCGCUGGGAGCGGGAGCAUCGUCACCAUCGACGCCCAUGCCCCUCACCACCCGGUGGUGCGCGUGUCGGCAGCUAACGGGAAGCCGUGGGAGUGGAGAAACACCAUCAGUGGUAACAUGUUGGUCGCUGACACGGUGGGGGACAAACACCGCAUAGCGCUGCAGCGACAGGACAAUAUCAACCACUACCGGGAUUACCGGACGCUCCCGAUGAAAACGGACUCGCUCUGCUCCUCCUCGGCCAGCGGCAGUGCUGAGGGAGGGCCGGAGCUGCCUCCCCCGCCUCUCCCCACCUCCACCUCCCCCCUGCCUCCCCCACCUCAGCUGUGCUCGUCCCCUCUUCCGCCACCACCCCCUCACUCGUCGUCCUCCCCGCUGCCUCCCCCUCCUCACCCGAGCUCCUCUCCGCUGCCUCCUCCUCUCCCUCACCCUGCCUCCUCUCACAUGCCACCACCUCCUCACCCAUCCUCUCAGAUGUCCCCGCCACCCCUCCCAUCGUCCUAUCACAUGCCCCCACCUCCUCACCCGUCUUCCUCUCCCAUGCCCCCACCUCCUCACCCAUCAAUCUGUCAGAUGCCCCCACCUCCUCAACCAUCCGCCUCAAUGCCGCCGCCUCCUCACCCGUCCUGCUCCAGCAUGCUUCCCCCUCCUCCACACCCCGAUUUACUGAUGGAGGCUCACAGCCAGACACUGUCCCGCUCCUCCACGCUGCCUCGCCGGCCCUCCGCCCGCAGCCAUGCAGAGCAGGAGCACUAUUACAAGGCUAUGCAGAACGAGAGGAUGUUAUAAUGACGGGGAAACCACUGGACCCCUUUGCCAUAUAAAUGAUUGUACUUCAGAAGACUCAUCUGACAGAGACAGUGAAAAUUGUAGGUUGUGGCAGGUGGACAGAGUGACUUUGGAAAAAAUGACAAAAAAGGUUAAGAGACUCUGAAUCCAGAGCGGCAGCUUAGCUCAAAAUGCUGGAAAUGAAGAGACAGCCGGGGUGGACGACUCUGGGGAGGUCUGGCAGCUCACACACUCAGCAGGGGAUCUGCUUUUUCCCCCUGCUCGCUCGUACUGCCCACAGCGCCGGCUCAACAGCCCCGAUUGGGAAAAAGAAGGGGGGGGGGACGAGGGAAAAAAGGGGGCGUCGAGAGAGCGAGAGCAUUACAAUCCCCAGUUCACCUCUGGUUUCAGCGCACACACAUCCUCCACGCUCUUUUCAGUCACGUUCAAAGCGAGGAGGGAAGGGGCUGCAGCUGAGAGAGAGAGAUAUCACAAUGAACAGUCAGGGAUACGCUAAAUCGAGUUUCCCCGGAGAGGGGGGAUAAGACUGAGAAAACAAAACAACUACAGGCAAUACCAGCCCUCCUUAAACUAGUGCAGCUGUUUGAGGAUGCCGAGCGCUACACAGAGAAUUUACCCUUGUACCAGCCGAAAAUCGCAUUCUUCAAAACACCCACGAGAUAUAUGAAAAAGGGAAGAAUGCAACGAUGACAAGUUCAAGUGCAGGUUCAAGAGAAAUAAAUAACCACCCACAAAAGCAAGUCUUUUUACCUCUCUGAAUAAACACGCCAAAUGGGAACCUUUAUAUUUGUUUGAAAGCAAAUCUAUUCUCUAGAAAGAGCCGGCUUGUGCCACAUCCGGCGCUAAAAUGGAGAAGUUUGGAAACGGCGCUGGCCCCGGUGCAGCGUUUUAGUCUGGUCGGGCAGAAAUGGAGAUGUUUGGAAACCCCACCCGCCUGCCAAUCGGGAUCAAAUUUGCCUUAUUAGAAAAUGAUACCAAGACGUCUGGUUCUCAUUUUGUGUCGUGAGAUAAAUUCCAAUCUUAUUUAGCAAAAGACCGAUUGAAAACGAUCUCAAUUCAAGGCCCACUUGCAUGUUCCCUUCGGAGCUUUCAGCUGCGUCUCAAGGUUUCUUCACCAGCAGAUGCAAUUAUCUCAGUUGCCAUGGAACUGUGGGCGUUCAAACAAAGAUCCGCUGACGACUACGACCACGCGAUGCAGCUGAAAGCUACAAUGCAACCGAGCAGGUGGAUCUGGAGUUGAAACUGUUUCAUCAGCUGCUGUUCAAAAAGUCAAGACUGGAUUUUAAACCAAAAAACUGUUAAAAAUUCUGUAAAGUCGUUAUCUAAAAUUUCUGAGAAUUAAAUGACAACAUUUACCGAUUUUAGCUUCUCAAACGUGUUUAAAAAGAUGUGACAUUUACUGAUUAAUAGCUAAAUUUAUCUAUUACUUCAUAACUUAUAAGCUACUGCAAAUAAUCAGUAUUUGCAUAUAUAUAUGAAAUCCACUCUGAGCUGAUAACUACACGUUGAAAUGAAGUGUGCGUUCUUCUUGCUCACCUCUGCCUCUUGUGUGUAUUUAUACCAUGUUGUAUAAAGUCAUUAUCUGAUAUUGAUCAUUCCGUAUGUUACCCUCCACCAUUUUAUACAUCCAAGUUUUUUAUUUUUAAUUUUAGAAGACAUUCCAUCCAAUGACAAGUGCUUUAUUUUAAAUCGUACUUUGAAAAAUGUUAAUGGCCGACUCACAAACACACACAAGUGAAGAAUCCCCCCCGCCCCCCCAUGUACCACAACCUCCGGAAGAUGUGAGCAGUUUUGUAAAGUCGUGCUGAGAAGAGGCUGCGUUCAGUGGAACAAGUUGUGUUUUGUAGUGGAGCCCCUCAGACGAGGAGCAGGUAGAUAACGUUGCUUGUCAGUUUGUGCUGCAUGUGUGUGUACGAGUGUGUGUGUGUGUGUUUUUUUUUUUUUUAAAUGAAUAACUUCUGUGCUUCGAGUCUGCACCGUUACCGUUGACAGGCAGACGUGCUACAUUUUUCAGUGCUGGUGAUUAUCGUCCUGGUUUUCCCCAUUUUGACUGUAAAGAUACUUGAUAUUACCUAAUAUUAUUAAUACGGCUAUUAUUAUUAUUAUUAUUAUCCUGCAGUCCUUUUUAUGGGCUCGUGUUUUCUAUCUGUGGUUGAUGUGUAAUAUUAAUAUCCUCAUUGAAUAAAAAAGACUUCUUAA